AAUACGCCUCCCGGCUGGAGCGCUCCGGGCACCGCCACCAUCGGCUCCGCCACGGCCGACGCGAGGGAAGAAAUGUCUCAAGCGGGACCCCUCUCCAGGAACCUCAUUCUGUGCACCUUCCUUCAGGAGCACGGCCUGCAAACUGCGGCGGGUCCCGACACGACCAGUCUCCUCCACUUCGGCCCUGAGCCCCUUGGCGACAUCCCUCACGAGAUGGCCAUGCGGCUGGCCUUCAUUGGGGACGAGUUGGAGCUGAGAUGGAUGCUGCCCCGCGUCGCCCAGGUGCCCUGGAUGGCCGUGUACAGCUUGGCCUUCACUUACAACCAGACAGGCCUGAGGGGCGUUCUUAGAAGUUUCAUGGGUGGUCUCACUAAUCUCAGGGGGAACAGAAGGUUCUGGAGCCUCCUGACCCUCAGGGACAGGGUGUCCCCCAGCCCCGGCCCCAGCCUCGGGCGCAAGCUGUCCUUGCUGCUGCUGCUGGCGUUGCUGCUGGACUGGGGCCUCCACCUUCUCCAGUGAGGCGCUGCGGGCGGCGCCGGGCGGGGCUGGCCCCGCCCCCAGACCACCACCCUGGAGGUGGCCUUGUUGGUUUUGUUGUCUUUUUAACUUUCUUAGGAUCUUUUUU